UGUGCCACUCUAAACUCUAAAGUUGAGAGCUCAUCAGAUUUGCUAUUUUGUCAAUCGCAAAUUCGCAAUCAAUAUCCUUUGCAUGCACUCUUGCAAAGUGCAAAAGCAUAAGCUCAUCAGAAUUGUUGAUUUCAGAAACAAAAAUGUUGGUAGAAGCUGUCGAGUUUGGCCAGGAACUUUUUGGAUCUUUAAUUCAUCAAGAAUCGUAUGCCCACAUACCCAGUUUAAUCAGUUCAGGGCUAGAAGUCCAACAUAGAGGCAGAACUCCUAAUUCUGAAUACAAUAGCUCUAAUGCUAUUAUGACUACUGAUCAAAGGAACACCUGCUUACAGGAGCAAAUUCAGUCUCCAUCUCAGGACACACAUUUAUCUGCUGUUCCCCAACGUCCAAGACCGCUUUGUCGGCAAUUCUGGAAAGCUGAAAACUAUGACAAUCUCUCGAACUCCUCUGAAUCUUUGGUUCCAAAUACGAAAACUCAUUUGCAUGUACACCCCAAGUUCCUUCACUCUAAUGCCACUUCUCACAAGUGGGCUUUUGGAGCUGUGGCGGAGCUUCUGGACAAUGCAAUUGAUGAGAUACAAAAUGGAGCUACUUUUGUCAUCGUAGAUAAAAUCUCUGAUCCAAAGGAUGGUAGUCCAGCGCUGCUCAUCCAAGAUGAUGGAGGUGGUAUGGACCCAAAAGCAAUUAGGGGAUGUAUGAGUUUCGGAUUCUCAGAUAAGAUGUCUAAAAAGGCCAUUGGGCAAUAUGGAAAUGGGUUCAAGACCAGCACCAUGAGACUUGGAGCAGAUGCUAUAGUCUUCAGUCGACAAAUGGACAGUGGGAUAUUAACCCAAAGCAUUGGUCUUCUUUCCUAUACAUUCUUGUCUCACACAGGCAUGGACAGAAUAGUAAUACCUAUGAUUGAUUAUGAGUACACUUUGACAACUGCGUCCUGGAAACCUCUAUAUCGUGAUAGUAGAGAGAGCUUUCAAUCAAAUAUUUCAAUCAUUUUGCAGUGGUCUCCAUAUUCAACUGAAGCAGAGCUUCUGAAGCAAUUUGAUAGUAUUGGAUCUCAUGGUACCAAAAUUAUCAUCUAUAAUUUGUGGCUUGCUGAUGAUGGACACUUGGAGUUGGAUUUCAAUAGUGACCCUGAGGAUAUUCGCUUGAAAGGUUCAAACAAUGGUCGGAAAGAUUCAAGAAGAUUGAAGACUGAAGAGCACAUUGCCAACCAAUACCGCUAUUCCCUCCGGGUUUACUUGUCCAUUUUGUACUUGCAGCUCCCCCAGAAUUUUAGUAUGAUAUUGUGUGGAAAAGUUGUUGAGCAUCAUAGUAUAACAGGUGACCUUGAAUUCCCAGAAUUUAUCGUGUACAGACCUCAAAAUAGGCCAACUAAAGAGGAUGACAUAAUAACAACUAUAGGCUUUCUGAAGGAAGCGCAUGAUGUCAAUAUCCAUGGUUUCAAUGUCUACCAUAAGAACCGGCUUAUAUUGCCAUUUUGGGAAGUUGCUCCCUAUAUGAAGAAUAGAGGAAGAGGCGUCGUUGGGGUCUUGGAAGCAAACUUUGCUGAGCCUGUUCAUAACAAACAAGAUUUUGAGAGGACCUCCCUCUUCCAAAGGCUUGAAACACGCUUGAAGAAAAUGGCAUGGGAAUAUUGGGAUCAUCACUGUGGACUUAUAGGAUAUCAUGUCACUAGAAAACCUCGUGCGUCUUCAAUAGACUCAUCAUAUGAUUGUUGUGCUGAACCUGUAGAAUUGGAUGAUAGUACAAUGUCAGAUCCAGACAAUGACGAUGAUGACCUUGUAGUUGAUUUACUUGUUGGGUCUAUAUCUCAAAGAAAAGGCCAGCAGCUAGAUUCAACAAGGACAAAGAAUCCCCUAUUUUCAGCUCAUACAAGUACGCAUAGCAGCAUAAUACCUGAUGCUACUACCACGGAGAACUUCACCCAUGUCCAGCUUGGCAGUUUUGGUGCAGACGAGCAGAGUAAACGGGAGGCCAUGUUGAUGAUGCAAGAUAAUAAGAAACUUCAGCAGAAAUGCUUGGAAUUUGUGAAGAGAGAGAAAGAGCUUACACAGAAGGUUUUGCUGCUUAAAAAGGAGCUUGAAGAUGAAAGAAAAAAAUAUGGCAGAAUGUUGAGUGAACUAUCACAGCUUAAGACCCCCUAGCAGAAAGAUAUAUACACUUUCCCUGCUUUUGGAAUAGCUAAGACUAACCGUCUUUUAUGUUAAUCCUAUACAUAACAAUACAGAAAAUAUUAACCCUAAAUUAUAUACUUAUGCAAAGAGUUUCCUGUCACAGGUAAAUGCAAGACUAAGCUGCUAUUCACCUGUUCUUUAUAAUCCUUCUUUUCCUUGAUUUAUACGGUAGUUAAACAUGAUCAGUUUUUUCUGACAACGGUUCAAAAUUCCCUUAAUUCGCAGGUAAAUUACGAAUGAUGCUGGUUAGCUUAUGCAUGUUGCUGGAUCUAGGCACUUUCUGAACUUUACUGCUGAGUUUAAUAUAGAUAUGUUGCAAUGUUCACAGUGUACAGAUUGGUCUUCCAGUUUGCAGACGAGAUAACAGUCUUUUUUUUGUGUUUAGGUAUCUUUUAGUAACUGGUAAGGCCUUUUUUCAUUCAGAGGAGACGGAGUUUUAGCACGACUUUUUUUAAAAAUGUUUUUUUAGAUUUUGGGUGGUUUGGCUGUUUAUAUGAACUAUGAAAACUCUGUUAUUUACUUAUUUGUGUUUGGUUGAUCAGACAGGAACAUAACUUGCUUCCUGCAUUUUGGUUUUGGUGUAAGUGAUGAAAAUCACAACAAUUGGUCAACAAAUACAGGAUUCUACUGGCUUUGGAAAACAUUAAAAUUAUGUAGCUUCGCAUCUGAUUUGGAGAACAUGGAUCACCAUUGAUUACUCUACAUGUCCUGAACGUAAGCGUGUCAUGGAAGUGUAUUUUCAGCUUCAGCAUUCAGAAACAAAGUUGUGAUAACAUAAUUAUUUUAGUUUUUAUGUAUAAAACUAGUGGUUUAGAUGUUACAUCACGGGUUAAUUUGAGACUUGCAAAUCCUAACCCUUCGCGUCUUUAAAACCUUGCAAAAUAUUGUUCUAACUGAGUUAAACGUUGUUCUUGG